AGGCCAAACUCUCUCUUCUAUUUCCUUCUCCACUGUGUGAUAAUUUUGCUGCAGAAUCUUUACCCUAGUUUUAGGUAAAAAUGUCCACUUGUUUCCACUCUUCAGUCUCCGCUGCCCUUCAACCCCCUAUCUAUCUCACAGACGUAGGAUAUAAAAGGGAAAUUAGUGAAAAAAAAUAAAAGAAAUUAAUUUAAGAUUUUGUCUUCCCUUUCUACAAAUUUGACAGAGAGCUGUCGACCCUUUUCCUUUUCUCUUCUUUUUUUUUUUUCUCUUUUUUUUUCCCCCCUUCUCUUAAUAGAGGCCAUCUCUAUCGAUGGUUCUUUGUUUCUCCUUUUUCUUCUGCAAUUAGAGCAACUAAAACCUUUUUCGAAUCCAUUCCUUUUUUUGUUCAAAUUUCAUAUAGAAAAAGGGAAAUCCAUGUCAGGUCUGUAUAAUCCCAACUUCUCACCAGCAAGAGCUGCUUCACCACAGAUUAGAAGCACCCCAGAUGUUGACAGUCAGUACUUGUCAGAGUUGCUGGCAGAGCAUCAAAAGCUUGGGCCUUUCAUGCAAGUGCUUCCGAUAUGUAGUCGACUGUUAAAUCAAGAGAUCUUACGAGUUUCUGGAUUGAUGUCCAACCAAGGUUUUGGCGACUUUGACAGACUUCGGCAUAGAAGCCCUAGUCCCAUGGCUUCUUCAAACCUUAUUUCAAGUGUAACUGGGACAGGAUUCAGUAGCUGGAAUGGCCUUCAACCAGAGAGAUUAACUGGACCCCUGGGUAUGACGAUGGACUGGCAAGGUGCACCUGCAAGCCCUAGCUCAUACACUGUCAAGAGGAUUUUGCGUUUGGAAAUUCCUGUUGAUACUUACCCAAAUUUCAACUUUGUUGGGCGGCUUCUGGGCCCUAGAGGCAAUUCCCUGAAACGGGUGGAAGCAACUACAGGUUGCCGUGUAUACAUUAGAGGGAAAGGGUCAAUAAAGGAUCCAGACAAGGAAGAAAAGCUAAGAGGAAGGCCAGGCUAUGAGCACCUGAAUGAACCACUCCACAUUUUAAUUGAGGCUGAUUUACCAGCCAGUGUUGUUGAUAUAAGAUUGAGGCAGGCACAGGAAAUCAUUGAAGAAUUACUCAAACCAGUGGAUGAGUCCCAGGAUUAUAUUAAGAGGCAGCAGUUGCGUGAAUUAGCUAUGCUAAAUUCAAAUUUCAGAGAAGAGAGUCCUGGGCCAAGCGGUAGCAUCUCCCCUUUCAACUCAAGUGGCAUGAAACGUGCAAAAACAGGACGCUGAGUGCUCAUAUUUGUCUGGGCUGAUAUGUUUUCUACUCUGCUCCAGAAAUUCUGGCUGAAAAUACCUCGUGCUACCUCUCGCUUCAGCACGGCUACAAGAAUAGGCCGACGGUCGGUCCAUGGUGGGUGAGCUUUCUGGUGGGUUGUUCUUUUCCUUUUCUUUUGAGAACAGAAAGAAGAAAAAAAUAAUGCAAAAAGAAAAAAUUAUAUAGUUGAAUUUAGGUUUAUGGGGGCCAGUUUUUUUCUGUAAACUUUUUGUACACAUUCAUUGGAUUUAUUCUUGUGUUAGUGGCUUUUGAGAAGUGUGGAAAAUAUAUAUUAAAGAAGCAGGUAUUAGGCAUUGAGAUUUGAGACGAUG